CCGGGGAGUCGCAGCGGUGCACGCGCGGGAGUGGGUGCACCCGGGCGCCCAGGGCAGCUGAGGGCGGAGGUGCGCGCUGCUCCAGGGGUCCGCUAGACGAGCGCGCGCGGGGGUUGAGGGGGUGUUGCACCGAGGAGCCAGCUCCCUUCCCUCCCCCGCCCCCUCGUGGCGCGAGGCUGGCCGGGCCGCUCCUCCCCUGGGUGGGUCCCGGCUCCUUUUCUGGCAGAGUCUAUCUGCAUAGAGGAAACUGCCCAAAGUGGCCGUUGUGGGGGAGCCGGCAGCGGGGAAGGAGGCGUGUGCCGUGGUCCACUGCUGCCUGGAGGCCAAGCCCUGCGCUGGGCCGACCUCCCGCCUCGGACUUUCUGCCUGCUCCCCGCGUUCAGUCCGCACCCGCAGCUCUGCGCUGCCCCCUCGGACCGCACACGCGGAGAUCGCGCCAUGAGCCCAGGCGAGCGUGGCGGCGGCGGCGACACGAGGAAGGGCGCCCCGGCGGACGGUGGCGACGGGGGUAGCCCAGCGACGGCAGCAUGGGCCUGGACUGUGAGCGCGCUGUGCCUGCUGCUCUCCCUGGGCUCAGCGGCCGCCUGUCUGCUCCUGGGCGCUCAAGCAACCUCGCUGCAGGGCCGGGUGGCUGCGCUGGAGGAGGAGCGGGAGCUGCUGAGACGAACGGGGUCUCCGGCCGCCCUGGCCGCCUGGGCCGAGCCCCACCUGGAGCGCCUGCUGCGCGAGAAGUUGGAGGGACUCGCCAAGCUCCGGACCGCUCGGGAAGCGCCAGCCGAAUGCGUCUGUUCCCAGGGGCCCCCCGGACGGCGUGGCAAGCCUGGAAGAAGAGGCGAUCCCGGUCCUCCAGGGCAAUCAGGACGAGAUGGCUACCCGGGGCCACUGGGUCUGGAUGGAAAGCCAGGACUUCCAGGCCCCAAGGGCGAAAAGGGUGCACCAGGAGACUUUGGCCCCCGGAUGGUUUUCCCACGGCUCCUCCCGGGCUUUGUCAGUAGAGACCAUCACUUGUACAAUCGCCGCGUCCUCAAGGGAGACCGCGGGCAAGAUGGAGCUGCUGGGCCUCCAGGGCCUCCAGGGCCCCCUGGACUGCCUGGGGCUCGGGGCCCUCCCGGUGACACUGGGAAAGAUGGCCCCAGGGGAGUACCAGGCCCAGUGGGUCCCAAGGGAGAGGCUGGACGAGACGGCGAGCUGGGCCCAAAGGGACCUCCGGGGCCCAAGGGUGAGCCCGGAGUUCCUGGAAGGAAGGGGGACGAUGGGAUGCCAAGCCCACCAGGGCUACCUGGACCCCCGGGGCCCAAGGGCGAGCCAGGGAGCGUGGGGCCGCCGGGAGAGAGCGGCGUGGACGGGGCCCCAGGGCCCAAGGGGGAGCCCGGCCAGCGAGGAGCUGAGGGAGCCACGGGGCUGCGGGGUCCCCCGGGCUUCAAGGGCGAGCAAGGAGACACAGUGGUGAUUGACUACGACGGCAAGAUCUUGGAUGCCCUUAAGGGUCCUCCCGGGCCCCCAGGGCCACCAGGGAUCCCCGGAGCCAAGGGCGAGCUUGGACUGCCAGGUGCCCCUGGGAUUGACGGAGAAAAGGGUCCUAAAGGACAAAAAGGAGACCCAGGAGAGGUGGGGCCAGCCGGACCCAAAGGGGAAGCAGGCGAGAUGGGCCUGCCUGGCCUCCCGGGUGCCCACGGCCCCAAGGGGCAGAAGGGAGAGCCAGCAUCUGACAAGCUACCCGAGAGCCUGGCCCAGAUCAUAGUGGAGCCCGGGCCCCCCGGACCCCCCGGACCCCCAGGCCCCAUGGGCCUGCAGGGAGCCCAGGGUCCCAAGGGUUUGGAUGGAGCAAAGGGAGAGAAGGGCGAGGCAGGGGAGAGAGGCCCCAGCGGCCUGCCUGGACCAGCAGGCCCACUGGGCCUUAUUGGGCUGCCAGGAACCAAAGGAGAGAAGGGCAGGCCUGGAGAGCCAGGGGAGCCGGGACUGGAUGGUUUCCCUGGACCCCGAGGAGAGAAAGGCGACCAGAGCGAGCGUGGAGAGAAGGGGGAGCGAGGCAUCCCCGGCCGGAAAGGAGUGAAGGGCCAGAAGGGCGAGCCGGGACCUCCAGGCCUGGACCAGCCAUGCCCUGUGGGCACCGACGGGCUGCCCGUCCCUGGCUGCUGGCAUCAGUGAUCCUCAGCACCCAGCUCAUGACCUGUACAGAUCCAUGUGGACAUUUUUAAUUUUUGUAAAAACAAAACAGUAAUAUAUUGAUCUUCUUUCACGGGAUGCACUGCCUGUGGCCUCCAACCUUUGAGCAUAUGCCUGGCCCUACCCCAGAACGACCAGCACGUGGCGCCGGCAGGAAUGCAGACAGGCCAGUCAGGAAACUGCGCACUGGAGGGGCACUGCUGGCCUUCGGAAGGAGACAAAGGUGGAGGUGCCUGGCUCAGGCGAGGCUGCAUGGACGCCAGGUGGGGCUUUCUGUUGCCUGAUUAGCAGACUCCAGCUGCCUGGCUGCCCUACAAGAGCCUGCCCCCUGAAGCUCCAGAGCCUUGGGGACCACCUGGGGCAUGGACGGCCACUGCAGCUACUCCUGGCCUCUCCAGCCAGAGCCAGCUGUCCAUCCUACCAGGCCCUCCUGGACUCUGGGCUCACCAGGGCAGGGUGAGACUCCCGCCCCAGGCAGGUCUAGCUCUCCAAGUUCAGUAGGCCUCAGGAGGCUUGCCUGGACGGGAACACGUGUCCUCUGACUGGGAGGACAGGCCAAGCACUGUGGGCACCACCACGUGGACCCAGCUGCAGGGAGCCUGGUUCCUCCAGUGUGGAGGAUGGAAAGACCCAGGCUGGACUGGCUGCUGCUUCCUAUCUGUCUCCCCGGCCCCAGCCUGGAGCAGGGGUGUGAUAGGACUUUGCCAGCCUGAGGAGAUGGGCCUCCAGCUCAGAGUCUGGGUGUCGCUGGCCCCACUCUCCUCCCAGGAGAACUCGGGUCCCCCGGGUACACUGUCAGAUGAAGAGAACUGCAGGGUGGGCUCUCAGCGGCCCCAGCAGGGGCCUAACCCACACAUCAGCCCUCUUAGAAGAGGUUUCCCCACCUCUGACAAAGGUCCCCAGCCACCAGCUCUGGCCCGCUACUUGCCUCCCCUCUCUGUGUAGAUGGACACUGCUGCGUGUAAUAAACCAUGAACUUAUGUCUG